AUGAGUACGCUUAAAGAUGAACCAUUUAGGAUUGCAGUGCUGGGCGGCACUGGUGUUGGAAAAUCGUCAUUGGUUUCAAGACUCACAGUUGGAAUGGCACAUGAAGUGCACUACCCGACCCGGAAGCAAAGCAAUUGGCUUUUUACGUUCGAGCCUUCCGGAAAAUUGGCUCGCACAAUAAUGGAUGAAAUACCACACCGUAGGAGACUCAAACAAUGCGGAAAGUCGGACAAAUCGUUCUUUGAAUCACCUCAGGUUACUCCACUUGUUCUAUUGUCCCCAGUACUAUUUCAAGCCUUUGCAAACGAAUGGAAGGAAACUAGGGCAGCAGCUAAAAAUAACUCCAAGUCAGAGCUGCGAUGUUCAGAUCCCCAAAAUGGAGUUUACCACUACGAAGAUCAAGCGACCCGAAACGGGUAUUUGGACCAGUCCAGGACUACUCUUACAAACUCCAAUGCGAACAUUAUGCAAACGCACCUAUUAAAAGAUGGAGAAACAUUUUCUAAUGAUGUGCAUGUCAUUCCAGAGGGCUACGAGCCGCCCGCCUACCGCCCUUUGGUAAUUGAUAUAGUUGACACACCUGGCUUCAAACCAGACAUGGUUGUUCCUUUCCUCGAAGUAUCACUGUUUCGCAAUCUUGACAAAGACGUUCUUAAAGGAUUAGCCAACGAACCUCGAAGACCUGUUUCGACAACUAGUCUUUUGGUGGCAUCCGGUGCGUCUGAACUCAACGGUAAAAUAAAUGGCUACAUUUUCGUAUACAGCGCAGUGCCGGAGCUCAAUCAUGGUGCUGAUCCUCCUGGCUACGAAGAUUCAAUCCAAGAAGAUACCCAGGGAAUAACAACUUCUGCAUCUCACGGCUCAUCUCAAGUGUCCAUUUCACCAAUUUCUAGUGCUAAUAGCUUGAUAGACAAAGAGCCGGAUGGAGGCCUUUCUUUGCUGACGACCAUAAGAAACUGUAUAUUAGACGCGUGGUCCGAAUUUCGUGACUACCAAGAGAGAUGGUCUGAGGGUAAAGAAGGGGACGUUUAUUCUAUGAUGUACAACAUUAAGCAAAUAUGGAAAUCACAGAAGCAAAGAAAUGAAAAAUUGAAACAAUUGCGUUCCUUCCACACCAAACCUAAUGCGCUGGAUUGGAAUGCUACAUCCCCAGACUCGCCACCACCCUGUAUCAUUAUAUGCACACAUGUCGAUGAUCAACUGGCUAGCCCUUUAUUACUUCAGCGAGGCAAAGAUUUAGCUUUACAAUGGGGAUGCGGGUUUGUCGGAGUAGACAGUAUGGAUAACUGCAAUGUUGAAGUAGCAUUGGGGUCACUCAUAAGAGAGUCUGUCGAAAAAGAAAAGAUAUUGAAAGGUUUGUCUAAGAACAGGAGUAAAACAAGGUAA